AUGACAAUAUACUUUGGAGGUUUUUUGUUCACUUCGGAGGCCUUGGCUCACCUCUGCGUCAAGGCGUAUGGGUUUGGGCAAUCAGUUGUACGAGAAGACGAUGGGGUCGACUGCGCUUCCACGUACUUCAUGCGCUAUGACCUCGUCGAUAGCCCCGAACUCAUCCCAAUCUAUGGCGAGAGGGACGAAUCCCCGACAUAUGGCUUCUGCCGUGCCGACUCGCAGUCGUGCAACGUGGCCUCAAAGCGCCGGACCUUUCCCUCGACAAAGCCGGGCAGGCAUAUGCUGAUCACUGGUUUCCUCCAUCUCUUCGCGGGCUCCCGGAAUUCCGGAGCGUACGAUACUUCCAGUACCGUGUUCCUGCGUGGGACGAAGAACCCUUCUGCGUCGAGCGACAGCGUUUCCUUCGGCGCGAUGGCAGAAGACCAUUCUAGACAAGGCAAGACCAAGUACCUCGGACUCACCGAAGCCCCAGCUUCGACUCUGCGCCGAGCGCACGCCGUGUACCCAAUCGCCGCCGUACAAGUCGAGUGCUCGCCCUUCAUGCUCGGCAUCGAGGACGAGAAGACUCGCUACCGCGCGCGAGCUCGGUGUUGCCUCAUCGCGUCCUCGCCACUCGCCUCCAGGCUGCUCACUGGUCGCUACAUGAGUCGCUCGCUCAUUUUGUUUACUUUGGAAACGCACGACGCGACUGCGGGUCAGGUUGCGCUCGCGUGGCUACAUCCCCAGGACUUCGACGUCAUCCCCAUUCCCGGGUCGACGAAAGACGCGAACUGGAAGGAGAACCUCGGCGCGCUCGAGCUGAAGCUGACGCCGGACGAAGUCAAGGAGGUGCGGCGCCUCGCAGAGAUGGUGGACGCGUUUGUAUCCGCCCGGGAUAGCGGAGAUGCACACGCCGCCGCUCGAGGCUUGAGUUCGUCCUUGGUCGACGUCGGGGGCGAAACAGGCUAA